AUGAUGCGUGGCCAGCGCGGGAGCAGGUCGGCGCCGACGCUGCCAGAACUAAGACGAGACCGCGACCGACGGCGGGCCGUGCUGGCGAGCAUCCGCGCUGCUGACGACGUGCUCGAGACUGACCUUCAGAGCGACGAGAUUCUCGCAUGCUUUGAGGAGGCGCUCGGCGAACGGCAGCCAGAGAUGGGAACGGAUGCUGCAGCAGGGCGAGAGGCGAACGCCGAGCGAGAGUGCGGAGGCCGCACCGCGACUGGAGGCUGCAGAAACCGCUUCGUCGCUCGCGCGGGAGACGGCGCGUUUAGCCGCGAACGGGGCCAUGCCAGACGUGUCGCCUGCGGCUGGGACGCCAGCCGAGACGGGAGCCGGAACCCUGGCUGGGGUUUCGGGCUCCUCGGGUACCCUGUGGUAGGAUCGUUGUGGCAGCAGAAAGUAACGCCAAACGCGCAGAAAAGUUCGACGUUCGAAGGCCCAGCCUCGAUUGAGGCGAACUCCUGA